AAACUCAUGUUUUAAUAAUAUUGAAUCUCUUCAUUAAUCUUUUCGAAAGACCCAACAUAUUUGUUUGGUAGUUUGUGUAGUAUAUAAGUAAUGUGUUUGGUAUUUAUUCUAUACACUCACUAGUCUUUAUCAGUCACCAAAGGCUUUAUUAUCUUUUCUCGAAGAUGGCAACAUUGAUGCUGAAGUUAAUGCUUCCUCUACUUUUCCUGUUCAUGAUUCCUCCAAAACCAGCAUAUGGGGAGUUUGAGCAAUGGUGUGUUGCUGAUGAACAGGCCACACAGAAUGAAUUGCAGGCAGCUAUGGAUUGGGCUUGUGGAAAAGGAGGUGCAGAUUGCAGAAAGAUUCAAGUGAAGCAACCUUGCUAUCUUCCAAACACGUUAAAAGACCAUGCUUCUUAUGCCUUCAACAGCUACUAUCAGAAGUUCAAGCACAGAGGAGCUUCUUGCAACUUCAGAGGUGCUGCCAUGGCAACAGAAACAGAUCCUAGUCACGGUUCUUGUCACUAUGACUUCAUUCCAUGAUCAUAAAUGAGACAGAAGACUUCAAAUAAAUGCAGCAAUAAAUAGAGCUCCAACUUUUGUCUGGUGUGGACCUUUGUCUUUUAUUUAAUAAUAUUGAUCGAGGUGAAAUAUUUACAAUUUAGUUUAAAA